GCCUAUUCACAGCCUGCCUACAUUCUUAGCCCCCUCCUCCCAUUCUUAGCCUCCCGUCCCAUUCUUAGCCACAUCGUCGCACGCCCAUCCUGUAAACUGCGCUCCAGCGAGAUUUACAACAUUUUCACCACUACCGCCAGAACUCCCACCACUUCCCUGCCACCACCACCGACACGUUGCCCCCCUAAUCCUGGCUCCCGUCGCUCCCUGCCACCACACCACCACCACGGACCCCAUUGGAUCCUUCUGUCGCUCGAACGCCCGUUUUUCCGUUCCGUUCGUCGUCCCGUUCGUCUCCACCGCCUCCCUGUGCUCCCUGUGUUGGAUCCAUGCACUUGUUGACUGCUCCUUACACCAUGCCGGACCAGCACUCCCCCAACGGCGUCUACCAGACGCUCCCGCCAGCGCCAGAGUUGCCCCAGUACCAGCUAGUGGCGCCUCAGUACGGAACAGGCGCCCCUGGCUAUAGUCCAGCACCUCCCCAUGCAUUUGUCCUGCCCAGCCAGUCGUCCUCCAAGUCGGCUAGCGGGACUUCCACGCCCCAGGUCCGCAAGAAACGAGGCAGACCCCCCAAGGCCACCUCGUUGUCCAGCAAAAUCACCACCACCUUGAACAUCAGCGUCAAUACCUCACCAUUAAGUGGUCUGCCUACAGCCGAGUUCAACUCCAACCAGAUCGUCAAGAGAGGCGCUCCCGACUUCUUCACCCCGUUGAUGCGGAUCGGGUCUGCCAAACAGAAGAAGCGUAGAAAGAACUCGGCCAGCUCCUCGGUGGGCAGCUCGCCCAGCGUAGCCAAGAGGGCUAAGUCCAAUACGGCUGCUGCCAUUCCCACUGCUGCUGCGGCUGCUCCCCACAUGGAUAACCUCUUAGUGACUCCGUUGUCGUCAGCUAUCAACGGGUCAACCUUCACUCCCUACCACCAAAUCAACUCCAGGGCCUUGGACAACAUCUCCAUGAUCACCCAGUCCGACCAAGUACACAACCCCCAGAUGUUCAACUUGCACAACAGUGACGUUUCCUACUACAACACGCCUCCUUCCUCCACCGUCAAGGGCCACUUCCCAAACUACUUGUCCACGCCCCAGUUUGUGGGCAGCGCUAGAUCCCCCGUGUUUCCCACUCCAUCGAGGACCGAGGAGCGGCCUCAGUCGCAGGCACCAGCGUUCAUGGUCACCUCCAGCACCCCCACCCCUAAUGUCCAUAACCAAGACCCCAUGAACAUGUCUCCAAACAAUAACUUGUUGCCUCCUGUGUCGUUAAUCCCAUCCAAAAUGGAUUUCUUGGAGCAGCAGCAGCAGCAACAACAUCAUCAACAACAGCAACAACAGCCACAACAGCAACAACAGCAGCAGCUUCACCAGGACACUCAAUGCCAGACCCCUCAGUCUGGGGAAGCCUUAAAGGAGCUGCCCAGAAAGGAGCUGCCCAGAAAGCAGCGCCCACAACGCACAGCCAAGGCCCAGCUGGUGGUUCCUCAGACCACCAAAGCUUCGACUCCACCUACAAGCAACUACCUGUUGAAGUUGACUAUAGAUGACCUGGGAAAAGCCAUAUUCUCCAGCGACUUCUUCGCUUCCGAGCCCAAAGAAGUGUCGCCCACUGUCGAAGUGUCUCCUCACACCAAGCCUUUGCCUGCUCCUGUUAAAGCUAAGGCGGUUUCAAAGGCACCAACAUUGAAGAAGGAAGCCAAGUUGCCCACCGUACGCCCUAGAUUAACUCAUGCAAACUCGGUAAUUGGGAUUGAAGCCCAGUAUAUCCAGAAAGAGCAAAAGCCUCAGAUCCAUGAAAACGUUAAUCCUGCGAAUGGUACACCUGCUGCAUUGAGAAGACACAACUCGGAUAUCACUGGAUUCACCAACACAGUUCAGAACUCGUCUUUAGCCUCAAUUAGCGAGCAGGGUAAUAUUACUCAACCGCCAAUGCCACAGACUCCAAAGUACGAUGACAACUAUUUAUACACAUCCACCGGAUUCACUCCAAACACUAACUUGGGUUUCAGUUUAACCCCACAAUUCAAUUCUAUGAUGUACUCUAUGAUGAGUAUCAAUUCACCUCAGGUCAGAAAGAACAAUCAGGAAUUCUUGAUGAACCAAGAAUUCUUCAUGGGCGGGCAACCACCUCAACAGACCCAAGAUUUCAGAUUCGAUCAAGAUAAUCUGACUUUGCAAUCGCACAAGCCUCAAGUUGGACCCUCCAACCCUUCGCUUACCGCCGGUGAAUCUACAUCCACGGGCGCGUUUAACGAUGGUUCCAUCAACAUGACCGACUUGAUGAACUUAGGUAACUCUACCAAUGACUAUGAUUCCAAGAACUCUGCUAAACCUUUCCAAACUCCAUCGUCAUCAGCACCACUGUCCAAUGAAGAUUCUGGUGAUGCACGCUUAGCAUUAAAGAAAAUCAUACAUGUUAAAAGAAAAUAGUUGUUUUUCUCCUAGUCAAUUCAUGAUCAACUCCCACGAUUCAUAUGAACAGAGACAGUCUACUCAUCGAUUCCAUGCAUUAGAUAUACCGUAUUUUUAUUCACUUCAUAACACUCAUAAUAUGCCAUUGCCAUUUGGUUCGCUUUUGAUUUCAUUUACGUUGUUUUCGUUCUCCCUACAUCAGGAUGUCUUUAUAGCAUUACACAAAUUAUAUUUAUCACUAGAUUAGUAAGUGUUUAAUGUGGACUUAAUGUCAAUAACCACAACUAGCAUUCGUAAAAUUUGG